CCGCCCCUUGGGCGGCCGUUUCUCUGACAGGAGCCCGGGAGCUCCGCGGGAGCCGGGUCAUUGCUGCCGCCGCCGACGAGCCGGGGCAAUGCCGCUGGGUCGCUGGAAGAAAGCUGCUCCCCUGGUGGACAACGACGAAGCGGAUGCCGAGAGCCGGCAGCUGGAGCCGGAGGUGGCGGGCGGGGAGCCGGGUUCGGGCCCCGGGUCAGGGUCGGCCUCCUCCUCAGGCCCCCCGCUCCGGCCGCGCCUGGUCUUCCACACGCAGCUCGCGCACGGCAGCGCCACCGGCCGCGUGGAGGGUUUCACCAACGUCCGGGAGCUCUACACCAAACUCGGGGAGGCGUUCAACAUGGAGCCGGCACAGAUUAUGUUCUGCACUCUGAACACUCACAAAGUGGACAUGGACAAACUGCUAGGUGGGCAAAUUGGCCUUGAAGAUUUCAUCUUUGCUCACGUCAAAGGGCAGAAGAAAGAAGUUGAAAUCUACAAGUCGGAAGAUGCUUUGGGACUUACCAUCACUGACAAUGGAGCAGGUUACGCAUUUAUCAAGAGAAUCAAAGAAGGAAGCCUCAUUGACCGAAUAGAGGCAAUCAAGGUUGGGGAUCUUAUUGAGUCGAUCAAUGGUCAGAGUGUCAUCGGUUUUCGCCACUUCGAGGUUGCCAAGCUGCUGAAAGGUUUGGUGAAGGGACAGCUGUUUACACUGCGUCUUGUGGAGCCUCUUAAGGCUUUCGACAUGAUAGGCCAGCGUUCCAGAGGAGGCAAAUUUGCAUCUGGUGGGCAGGUGGGCACUGGAAAAGGAACACUACGACUGAGGGCAAAAGGCAUUGCUACUGUGGAGGAUGAGCCAUCAGCAUUUGAAGAGAAGGCCAUUGAGAAGGUGGAUGACCUGCUGGAAAGCUACAUGGGGAUCAGAGACACUGAGCUAGCUGCUACUAUGGUGGACCUUGGCAAAAAUAAGAAGAAUCCAGAUGAGUUUGCACAGGCACUUGACGAGGAACUUGGUGACUUUGCAUUUCCCGACGAGUUUGUCUUCGAUGUCUGGGGCGCUAUCGGAGAUGCCAAGGCUGGGCGAUAAACACUGGAUGCAAUCGCUGAGACUGUACGAGAUCAGUGGAAGGGGCAUUUUUUAAAAAAUAUAUAUAUAUAUUUAUAUGCUAAUAAUUUUAGGACACUGGGUCCUGGGUUACUUUUUCAUAGGAAUAUUUCAAGAUGAUUUUGUACAGUCAGACUGACCAAUAAUUCCUUGUUUUCAGACUAUCUGAUUUUUGUAAGCAGUUGAUUUGAGUACCUUUUAGGUGCCAUAUUGUGGUGUGCUAAUGGUGUAUGCAUACAUGGAUGCCACAACUUUGAAAGCAUUCUCCUGUGACAACACUAUGCAGAAGUUAUUUUUAAUAUAUUUUUACAGGAAUGUUUAUGGAAAUUAGAAGAUUGGGUUGGGAGAAGAAAAAUCCAUGUGAAGAUCUGAAUUGUCUGUUUUUGUAGGCUGCAAUUUAAAAAAAAAAAUAGAUGCAUGCUGCAGUAUGGCAAUAAACUAGGGGUCCUCCACACCACUAGAACACUUAAAAAUUAUGGUCUUAACUAGUAAAUUUUAAUAGAUUUUCUUCUUGUUUGUAAUGAUGUUCCAGUUUUGGAUGCCUGUUUGAGCAGAAGAUCAGGAAGCUGUGUUGGUAGGAAAGAAAGCAUUUUUUUAAAAGAAUAAGAGACUUGCAUUUUUACAAUAACUCAUGCCUGCUUGAUCGCCUCAAUGAUUCACUAGUAGAAUGUAAAUGCAAGGUUUAUCAAAUCUUUCUUCUAUUGUUUACAAGACGAUUGUCUGCAGUACAUGGGCUAAUGUUGUUUAACUUCCCAAUACUGGUUGAAACAGCAGACUUGCAGCCAUGUGACUGUAUUAGGCUAAGUACUGAUUGUUUUGCACACUUCCAGCUUUUAAUGACUGUUUUAAAGCUGCCAUGACUCCGACUCCCACUAUGGUGGCUAUGUGAAAUGUUCAAAUUGAAAAGUGCACACCACUGAUUAUAGUAAUAAUCAUUAAUAAUUGUGAUCUUUCAGCCUUUGUAUCUUGGCAAAAUGUCCUAAAGCGCAGGACUUGGAUUUCUAUAGCACCUUAAUAACCUCAGGAUGUGCUAAAGCACUUUACAGCAAUUAGGUACUUUUUUUUUGAAGUAGUCACUGUUGUGAUGCAAAGAACGUGGCAGCCAAAUUGUACACAGCAAACUCCCAGGAACAGCAAUGUGGUAAUGAUCAGAUCACCUAUCCUAGUGAUAUUCAUGAGUAACAAAUUUUCAAUUAGAACACUGGAGGAAAACUGCCCUGUUCUUUUCAGACUAGCGAUGCGGGCUGUUUGAUGUACACUGAAGAGGGCAGUCGAGGCCUUUAAUGUGCAUCUGUUCUGGAAGAGGACACCUCAGUCUGUGCUGCACUCCCUCAGUGCAUAAAGUAUUGGCCACCUUUUUGCACUUGAGUGGAUGUGAGGUGUAUCAACCAAUGUUGGAGUGCUGUCAAUAUUGCUGUGACAUGAAUUGAGGCAUAUUACAUUUUGAAGGAAAAUUACCCCUAUUUCUUAGGUACCAAGUGCAUUUAUAUCCAUUGAUUGUACAUUUUAAAGAUAAACAGAAAUUGCUGGAAAAUCUCACCAGGUCUGGCAGCAUCUGUGGAGAGAAGUCAGUUAAUGUUUCAGGUCCAGUGACCCUUCAGAAAUUUUGAGUAACAAUCACUGGACCCGAAACAUUAGCCCUGAUUUCUUUCCACAGAUGCUACCAGACCUGAGAUUUUCCAGCAAUUUCUGUUUGUGUUUCAGAUUUCCAGCAUCUGCAGUUCUAUUGGUUUUAUUUUACUGUAUAUUUUAUACUGUUGCUUUUUCAGCGUCCCAAGGAGUGGAUAUUUAUUGUGUUGAGUGGGUUGGAGCAAAACAGUUAAUGCUGCAAAAGAAGCCUCUUCAGGUUAAUUACCAUUCUCAAGGGCAGUUUGACCAAGAUCCCAUUUUUUUAAUAAAUUCAUUAAUUGUUAAUGUAAAGUUAAACUUGUAAUAAAUUCUGCUGUCUGCUCCAUGCACUUUUUAUUGUUUGAAAGGAAUGUAAUUUGAUGCGAUUUAAUCCAUUAAAAAGGAACUGGUAAUUAGUUCUGAUCGUUCCUGUCCCUGUCAGUUCAUCUACUUGCAUUCCUUAUUUAAACCAAAUUAACUCGUCACAAGUAAUGAUUUAGAAUAUUGACAUUUCUCCUGAAUAUUUUGAACAUUCUUAAACUUGAACUGUUGUUUUCGUGAUGAAUGUAGGAAAUGUGACUGCAUCACUGUCAGAUUACCUAGGUUGAAGCUGUACCAAAAGCAAACCAAACCAUAUAAUGUCAUACAGCAUUGUAAGAAGCCUGUUAGCUCAUGCAGCUCUUGAAAGAAGUGUCCAUUUAGUCCCAGUGCCCUACACUUUCCCCAAAACUCUUAAAAUUUUUCCUCCGUAAGUACUUAUUCAGCUCUCUUUUGAAUGUUAUAACUGAUGAGUUUCCCCUGGGUGCUCCCAGUUUCCUCCUACAGUCUAAAGAUGCGCAGGUUAGGUGGAUUGGCUACGGGAAAUGCAGGGUUACAUGGAUAGGUGGGUCUGGGUGGGAUACUCUUUGGAAGGUUGGUCUGGACUCGAUGGGCUGUUUCCACACUAGGGAUUCUAUGAUUUUUGUUUUGAUUCUGCUUCCGUCUCAUUUUCGUGCAGCACAUUCCAAAUUAGAACAAAUUAUUUUUUAAUAUAAAAUCUCCCAAUUUCCCACUAGCUCUUUUGCAAUUGACCCUGUCUGUACUGUUUUGUUACUGCCCUCCAGUUUGCAUCUCAAUAACCCUUAACGCAUUACAGACUACUUCUUUUGCUUUUCACUGGAUAAGCUGUUUGGUGUCUUUGGUGCUUAGUGUUCUUUUUAAAACAACUCAUUAUCUGUUCAGAAGCCACAAACCACUUUGUCUUCAAGCUAAACUUUGCCUACCACGUUGAUCUGAACAGUUCACUGUGAAAAAGUUAAUACGCAGCUAUAUAGAAUUCUGUAGUGCACAAACUGGCCACUUGGCCCAUUAAGUAUAUGCCAAUGUACAUCCUGUUUGAACCAGCUCCCACUUUCUUGGAUCUCUUUCUGAAUUCUUGAAUUUAACACUAACCUAAGUUUAAUAGGAAAUAAUUAUUAAUUUGUAACAGUGGAUGAAUUAAUCCCUUGCUCAGUUAGUGUUCUAUUUUGUUAUAUUUUUUGGCUUUGCAUUAUAAAUUGUCAUAGAUUUCAUAAUUAUGUAAUGAAAACUGAUAUUAGGCGAAUGUUAUAUUGGUGCAAACAGUCAUUUGGUAAAAUAGCAUCUUUGUAGUAAAGAGCAAAUUUACAACGUUUUGACUUGAUAUGCUUUUAAAACUCUCUCGAAGGAAUGGCCAAGCUUUCCGCCCUUGUGAGCUGUGUAUACCUUGAGAAGUGUAUAAAAAGGUUGAGUUGGCAUUCUCA